AUGUCUUCACCGCUCAACAGUACGGUUAAUCCGCAAACCACACGACCACCGCGCGCGUGCGAUGCAUGUCGGACCAGGAAAACGCGUUGUGACCUGGGUGUAGACGUGAACGUACCAGAUUCAGCAUGCGUGCGCUGCCGGCGUCUUCAGCUGCAAUGCACUUUCGAACUGGCGGUCGGUAGGAGGGGUCCAAAACGAAAGCGGAUGCAAAAUGAUAUUGCCAGGAGCGAGCAUUCUGUCGCACCUGCUCCGAGUCCCACUUCGUUCGUCACUGUCCAGCAAGGCGCAUUUCGCACUGACACUGUUUGUUCGCGAGCGCUUUUACGAGUUAUGGUGGGCGACUAUCUUCUGUACAUCUACCCGUUAAUCCCUGUGGUUCACCGACCAUCGUUCUGCCUCGCUCUGAACGAGGAUCGUGAUAACUACGACGACGACUUCUUAGGCCUUCUCAUCGCUCUAUGCGCAAUCGUAGUUGCGUUGCUUCCAAGUAAAUACGAGAGCUACCGUAGGCUCGACUUGUCCAUGGCUCUCUCACGUGCCGUGAUGCUCGACCGCUGUCACGGCUUCCUGAUCGCUUUGCGUACGCCCGACUUUUUCGAGAAAAUCGGCUUUAGCAAAUGGGCAGCAUCGUAUCUGAUGGCGAUCGCCUUUUUCCAAGUCGGAAAGCCUAAUCACGCUCGUAUGAUCGAGGUGGAGAGCAUGCAGCUCGGGCGACUACUUGAACUUCACCGCGUUGAUAGAUAUGAGGAACUGGACUGUAUUGAGAAACAGCUGCGGAGAAAGGGCUUUUGGCUUCUUUUCUACGGUUACGUACAUUCAGAGGUACAGAAUUUUCGUAAAGAGAAGCUCUCUUUCUUGGAUCAUGCUACCAUGGCGACGACGAACCUCAAGGCACUCAUGCCUGUCGAAGUCGAAGACGAGCAUAUCUUCAAGCAUGAGACGAUCUCUUCGCCUACAUCGGAGGUGAGCAUGACUACAGGCUUCAUCAUCCACUCUCGCCUGUUUUGGCAAGCUAUUGAGAAUCCAUACGGCAAUGAAAGGGGCGAAUGCUUGUGCUGUCGCGAUCACUCACCUGCAGCGCAAGUGGCGCAUCUUGAACGCCGCUUGCAAGAUCUGAAAUAUGCCUUGGACGAUGCUCCUAGGCCCUUUCGACAAUACGCAUUGUCCGAUUUCGACUCCGCUUCACAUAGCCUUUCAUCCUCUCAACUGGGCACGCUGCGCGCUAAUAUUCAUGUUACACACCUCUGGCUUCAAAGCAUGUUACUGGAUCAGUUGGAUCUACUGACUUCGCCUGAGCAGCACUGGCACGAGCGCGAGGACAUAUCCACUCAGCUCCUCCACGUACUGCACAAUACUCCUCAAGCAGAUAUCGAGCCAAAUGGUCUCCACCUUGUCUACAAGGUGCGCGAUGUGGCAGUCGGACUACUCGCGUGCCCGUACGAACCACCCGAUCCUUCGGCAAAACGAGCCCAGGAGUAUGUCAAGGCGUUUACUGACAUCAUGGCUCGCCUAGAUGCAAGCGAGACAAUUAACACAGCUAAUCUUCAAAGUUGGAUUGAUACUGGACGUCAGAGUGUUUGA